UUUUUAAAAAGUGAACAGAUCUGAUGGAAUGGAGGUCCAGUUGAAUGACGCUAUCUUCAAAGUGAACUGCAGGUUCCACGAAGGAACGUAUGCCAGAAGCAAACGGGGUUGACUAUAAGAAGCGAAGAGUGAAAGAGUCAUUUGCCCUCCGAUUCCAUUGAUCAAAUCUUGUUGCCUUCGAUGGCCUAUCUUCUCCUUUACAAAUUGGUGGUGUGUGCUAAGGCGAUUGAAGGUGGAAGCCUGAAUGUUGCAGAUUCACUUUUGGCAGAAAUUCAAUCUCUAGCUUCUAAAGAAGAGAGCAUAUGGACGAGGAAAGUUGUCAAAUACUUCGCUGAGGCUCUUGUCCGGCGAGCCUAUGGAAUUCGUCCUCCAUGUAUUUUUCCCUUGCUAUCAGCCGCAUGCAUGUAUGUUCCUUUCUACGCGUUUGCUAGAAUCACCAGUAAACAUGCCAUUGCUGAUGCCUUGAAUUCGGGAAAUAAACGACUCCACAUUAUUGACUUCUCCAAUUUCGGCGAUUAUUGGCGGUGGCGUUACUUAAUUAAAGAACUCGAACAGCAUUAUGGUGGCCUUCAAUCAGUCCUAAUAAGCAGUAUCUCACCAAAACUGUCAAAACACUCUUGCCAUCCCCGUUUCCACCGGGGAUGGGCUGAGGGCGGAAAUGUGGAAUUGUGGGGAUGGGCUGAGGGCGGAAAUGUGGAAUUGAGGCACUUGAUAUGCAAUAUUCCGUAUGGUAUUGUCAAUUGUAUUUCCGAACUCAGAAGGAAAAGGGAGGAUGAGAUUGUGGUUGUGAAUUGGAAUUUUACACUCCACAAACUGCUUGCACAAGAUGGGGCAAUGGAGCAAGUGCUUUCAAAAGUGAAGGAUUUGGGAGCGGACAUCAUGGUAAUUGUUGAGCAAGAAGCCAAUCUUAACAGCCCUUGUCUUUCGGAGCGGCUCGAACAAUCAUUCCAAUACUACUCCACUAUUUUUGAGUCACUGGAGGAAGAUUAUGGUAGCAACGCCUUAUGGGAGAUGUAUUUCAGGCGACAGAUUGGGAAUGUGGUGGCAUGUGAGGGCGUUGACCGGGUCGAGCGGAUUGAGUCAUUUGCUCACUGGCAAAAUCGCCUAUCUCAGGCUGGGUUUUGUCCAGUUCCCCAACAGGUAGACAAGUUGGAGGAAGAUCUUUCUAAUUUUAAAGAAUUUGGAAUCGAAGAGAAGGAAGGGCAUACCCUGCUACUCAGGCACGGUUUUCCGGUAGCUGUAGCCUCAGUUUGGAAGGUCACUGAUCCUCCUCAAUUCAGUGGCGGCUACUGGAAAAACAUGUUGACAGGUCUUUACACAAUGCAAGAUAGAGUUGACGACUCAGAAGGGAUGGCGAGCUCCUCUGAGUCUGAGGAUGAUGAAGAAAAUGAUUCUCUAGCUUUCAUAAUGGCAGAUAGAAACUUAUGGUCCACACAGACACAGGGCUCUUCAAUUAAUCGAAUAGCUGCUUCAGCUAAGUUAUAUGACAUAUUGGAAUAUAUAUGUGAUCUACAUGAGUUACCACUGGCUGUGACAUGGGUUUCCUAUGGCCAAGAUGGUAAUACAAAUUCAAAGGGAAAACGUGUUCUAUGUAUUGAUGAUAGCGCUUGCUAUGUAAAUGACUGGUUAAUGGAUGGAUUUGUGGAAGAAUAUGCACAACAUCGUCUGGAGGAAGGAAAAGGUAUCGCCGGAAAAGCACUUCAAUCUAAUAUUCAUAUCCAGCAUGACAUUUCCGUGCUUAAUCCAGCUGAAUUCCCUUGUGAUGAUUGCGGAACAAUUAGCCGGUGGAUCAGAAAAAAUUACGCUGCUUUUGCAAUAAGGCUAACAAGUACCCACCCUUGCAAGGAUGAUUACGUAUUGGAAUUUCUUCUCCCUGAACUCAUGAAAGAGACUUCAGAACGAGAACUUUUGAUAAAUAAGGUGUUGCGUACAUUGCAGAGGAAAUGUUUAAAGUUGUGGAAACUUGGGGUUAGAGACAUCAAUGAGGCUAGAUUGAACGCAACCAGCAUUGAAGCAGAAGAAACACGCGAGCUUCUUGAACAGGACGUCCAUGAACAAUCUGCUAUACCCGCACCUGCUCUGAAUGGUGAGAAUGCAUCGCUUAGUGGUCUCCAGAGUACUAAUAAACGAAGAAAGAUAUCAACUGUGUGGGACGGAUUCGUUAAGCAUAGGGGAGAAAAUGGGGAAGAAUGGGCCACAUGUAGAUAUUGUAAGAAGAAGUAUAGAGCAGAAAGCACAAGAGGAACUUCAAAUUUUCUUAAGCACUUAAAAAAAUGUUCGCCAAGCAGACAGGACGAAGCAGGGAAGCAAAUUGUGGUUGAGACAGGUGACUUGAGUACUAGCGUCAUCCAAAGGAAUUUUGUCAUAAAUCAAGAAAGAAGUCGUCUAGACAUUGCAAAAAUGAUGAUUAAGCAUGGAUAUCCCUUGGCAAUGGUUCAACAUGAGUUUUUUGAAAUUUUUGUGAAGAAUUUGCAGCCAGUGUUUAAACUUUAUUCAAAGGACGAGGUUACAGAUGAUGUCCUCGCUAUUUGCAGGCAAGAGAAGGAGAAACUCAUCAAUUGUUUUGAUAAGCUCUCUUCUCUCUUGAGUUUAACACUUGAAUUGUGGUCAUCUACUGACAAAAUGAUGACCUGCUGCUUCACCGUGCACUUCAUUGACGAUGGAUGGCAGCUGAAGAAGAAGAUUCUUGCUUUCAGGAACUUACGGUACAACUAUGACAUGGGGACUGUACAUGAAGUCUUUAAAAGUGUGCUUACAGAGUGGAGCAUCAACAAGAACGUUCGCUUCAUAGUCCUGGAUAUAACUCCUCCAAAUGAUCACAUGAUUGGAGAAUUAAGAAGUAAGGUUUCUGAUCAAGCCCCACGUAUCCAUGGACAUCUUUUCUGUGUUCCUAGUUAUGCCCAAAUUCUCAGUCUCCUUGCUCAAGAUGGAUUUUCUGAGAUAAGGAGUGUGCUUUAUAAGAUAAGAGAAUGUAUAGAGUACGUCAACGGAAGCUCACUUAGAAGGCAGAGGUUCCAGGAGGCAAUUAAUGAUGGGAGUUUGCUGGACAGGGAAAUGCGUAUUCUAGAUGUUCCCGCGAGAUGGGACACCACCUUUCUUAUGCUUGAGAAUUCAUUGGAAUUUAGAACAGCAUUUAACCACCUAGAGCAAUUUGAUUGUGAUUUCAAAGUGAAUCCAUCUGCGGAAGAAUGGAACAAGGCAACAUCCAUAUGUGAGUGCUUGAAGGAGUUCUGCAAGUCAACAUGCAAUCCAACAAGCAGAGAGCAUUAUUUCCUGAAUGUUUGUGAUGUUUAUAAUAAUUUGCUUAAGUGGGAACAGAGUGAUUACGUGUAUGUUCGUGCUAUGGCAAAUAGAAUGAAGGGAAAACUUGACGAGUAUUGGGGAGAAGCUAGCUUGGCUUUGGGAAUCUCAGUUGUUCUUAACCCGUACUUUAAAUGGGACAUUAUUGAGUAUGGCUACCAGCAGAUAUACGGCAGUGAUGCUGACUUGCAUUUAUCCAGAUUCCGAUACGAUCUUAAAUGUGCAUACCAUAAAUAUGCAAAGGACAUCAGCAGUCAGGGACCCUCUUCUUCUGCCAUGGCUGACGUGAGUCCUCGUACAUCAUCUGAUAUUAGUUUCAUAGAGUGGCGCAAGGGUAAGUAUGAACGCAACAUGGUGCACUCACAACGGAAUGAGCUUGAUCAGUAUCUACAACUGCCGCCUCCAGUGAACUUGGAUAAGGAUGGUAACAUAUUAGCUUGGUGGCGAGACAAUGCUCGAAAUUUUCCAAUACUGGGAAAAAUGGCUCGUGAUUUCUUAGCAAUUCCAGUGUCAACUGUCAUUUCCAAUUCAUCAGAGGUUAUGAAGAUGGCAUCAGUCCCUGACUGUGUUCGACCUGAGAUAGCUGAGGCUUUGAUAUGUGGAAAGGAUUGGUUGGACAGCCCUAACUGAAAGCAUGUUUUCAUUUUCUUUUUGCUCGAUAUUUAAGUGUGAGCUAUCUGUUUAUUUUAUUUCUUCUUCUUUUUUCUUCAGCAAUUGAUUCAUGUUUGGAUCCUCACAGGUAGUUGCUGACCUUCUCUUUUAUUUCCAAGAACAAGAUGUUGUUUGCAGAGUGAAAAAAUCAGAAUGCGCAUAUAAUCUGUAGUCUGCGUGAACAUUAAAAACUAGGCUGGAAAGUAAUUCUGAAAUGAAAACAAAUAGCAAGUGACGUGAUGUUUUUAAUUAUGAGAAAGAAGGUGAUGGUGCACAAAGGUAAAUAAUUUUCAAGUAUUCCAUGUAUAAUUUCAAUGCUUAAUUACUGAAAAUUCAGUGAUAAUAAAAACCAGCACUUCGAUUCUUCUA